GAGAGGUGGGGCUUUCAUGAGGUCGUCUUCCAAAUGGGAUAUCGGGGAAUAGAUAAUGAAGGGAUUUACUUGUACGCAAUAAGGAAAACCUUCUUCAAGAGAAAUUCCGAUUUGUAAUCAUGCGCUUCGGUAAUUAAAUGAUAUCCGAAUGGUUAUACGACGAAGACGCUUUCUUUCUCACUUCUUUCCUUCAUUAGUAUAAUCGUGUAUGACGGUUACGUCCCACGUCAGUUUAGGUCUCACGAAGCAGCUGACGAGGUUACAUCAAGUUUCCCACUACCAGUUAACGAAACACUUUACAACCAUGCCUUGUCCGUUUUUGACGAAGCUUACCACAGCGUAUGUGAGGAAUUAUGCUCCCACAUUAUUGAAAAUGUACGGAAGCCAAUGCCCAGUCAUGUCGCAAUCUAUGAGCAGCAUGGCUUCAGCGAGUAAAGAGCUGGAGGAACCGGAUAAUUCAGUUACCAAGAAAUGCCCAUUUUUAAAUGAAGUAACUGAUAUGGUGAAGGAAGCUAGUCAAGAAGACAUCAUAGAGCUGGAUUCAAAGCCAGUUAAUGAUGUAUUCCAAUAUGAUAAGUUUUUCCACCAGCAAAUUUUAAAGAAGAAGAAGGAUCAUUCAUAUAGAAUCUUCAAGAAGGUGAACCGUCUCGCCGGCCCUGGCCAAUUUCCCAAGGCCGUUGAGUAUUCUUGGGGUGAGAGACCUAUUACCGUCUGGUGCUCAAACGAUUAUUUGGGCAUGUCAUGCCACCCAGAGGUGAAAAACGCGGUGCGCACAGCUCUUGAUCAAUACGGUGCUGGUGCCGGUGGUACCAGGAAUAUAUCAGGAAAUUCGAUCUACCAUGAAAAACUUGAAAAUACCCUUGCCGCUUUGCAUCAAAAGGAAGGCGCUCUUUUAUUUACUUCAUGUUUUGUUGCUAACGAUUCAACUCUCUUCACCUUAGCGAAAGCACUACCAGGUUGUCAUAUUUUCUCGGAUGAAGGUAACCAUGCCUCCAUGAUUCAAGGUAUUCGUAAUAGCAAAGUACCUAAGCACAUCUUCCGCCAUAACGACCCUGAGCACCUAGAGGAGCUCCUGAAAGCCGUCGACGUCAAUGUACCGAAAAUUGUUGCUUUCGAAACUGUGCAUUCCAUGACCGGUGCCGUCUGUCCCUUAGAAGAAUUGUGCGACAUCGCCCACAAGUACGGAGCAUUAACUUUUGUAGAUGAGGUUCAUGCUGUUGGACUCUAUGGAAAUCACGGCGCGGGCAUCGGGGAAAGAGAUAACCAAUUGCAUAAUAUGGACAUAAUAUCUGGUACAUUGGGUAAGGCCUUCGGUAACGUGGGUGGUUAUAUAGCUGGUAGUGCGUCUCUCGUGGACAUGAUCAGAUCAUACGCUGCUGGUUUUAUAUUCACCACUUCACUACCACCGACAGUGUUGGCGGGUGCCGUCAAGGCUAUCGAGAUAUUAGCUUCCGAUGAAGGCAGGGAGUUGCGAACACGCCACCAGGAGAAUGUCAAAUAUCUAAGAAAUACCUUACUUAGACAUGGUUUCCCUGUAGAGCAUACCCCUAGCCACAUCAUCCCAAUUAAAAUCGGUAACCCUCAGCAAUGCAACCAAGUCUCGGACAUGCUUAUUAAGCAAAAAGGUCAUUACGUCCAAGCAAUUAAUUACCCGACGGUCGCGAGGGGACAGGAAAAACUGCGAUUGGCUCCGACGCCUCACCACACCAAGGAACUCAUGGAUAUGCUCGUCUCGGAUCUAGAAGAAAUAUGGAUCAAGUUAGGACUCUCAUUCACCGGCCUUCAAUGUAGCAAAGAGUGUAAGUUUUGCAACAAGUCUAUUUUGUUCGACUACUUCGAAGAGCGCACCAGGAAAUGUUCAAAUGAGAUCAUUUGCAAUAUACCGAAUUGCCCACAAAUGGUAGCUGCUCUCUAAUCGCGCAGCCUUAUUUCACAUCAGAUAAUAUAUAAAGUAAAUUAUUUACAUUUU